UUGUAGGUAGGACGUGUUACUGCGUGCCACGUUUCCCGCGGAAAUUUACGUAUCUAUUUCGACGGAACAACCUCCGUUUUCAUUCCAUUAUUUCCCCGAGAGGACAAAACGUUUUCCUUGUCAUAGUAUCUUAUGUUAAUGUGUGACAAUUCAUUGAUGUGUAUAUAUAUUUUCGGGCGUGUUUGCUGAAAUCACUACAGUGUAUUUAUUUAUUGUCCUGAAUCGAUAAGGCUUGGUGGUUUUUCGGAUUUUUCACCGUCUCUUCAAUAAACUGUACAUGUGAAUGUGAUUUCAUACUAGGAUCAAAUGUGGCAGUGUCGAUAGUGCAGUGGUGGUGUUGAUGUGGCUGGUCGGAAGGUGAUCGAGCUGGCGUGGUACGGGGGCGGGGGUGCGAUGCAGGCGGGCGGCGGCUGGUUCGUGCCGUGGACUAUGGGGCUGCAGAAGUUCGCGGUGGCCCUGCCCAUGGGGGGUGUUGUGCCGCUAGUACCGCCAAUGCUGGCGGCACUGCCGCCGGCACCGCCGCCGCUGCGGCUGAUCGCACCGCCAUUGGCCCACCAAUCGCAGUCCGGCAGAAAGGGCGAAAAGGAUAACGGAAAAAACUGUAUUCUAUCCUGCGAGAAGCGAAAAGCUGAUGACUCUGACAUUAACAAAGACUUGAAGAAGGCGAAAUUGGAAACGAAGGCGUUAAAAGCGAAAAGGCCCGGUUUCACCGACGACAGAUACAACGAAACGUCGUAUUACAUGGAAAAUGGGCUCAGAAAAGUCUACCCUUACUACUUCACUUUCACGACGUUUACCAAAGGUAGAUGGGUCGGAGAGAAAAUCCUCGAUGUGUUCGCGAGGGAAUUCCGGGCCCAUCCUGCAGCUGAAUACGAAAGGUGCAUCCGUGCUGGUACCCUCACGGUCAACUACGACAGAGUUGAUCCGGACUACAGACUCAAGCAUAACGAUCUUCUCGCAAACGUCGUCCAUAGGCACGAAGUACCAGUGACCAGCCAACUGAUCACCCUCGUACAUAUCGACGAGGACAUUGUGGUUGUCAACAAACCAGCCUCUAUCCCCGUACAUCCAUGCGGUCGGUAUCGACACAACACUGUUGUAUUUAUCCUCGCUAAGGAAUAUAACCUCAAAAACCUCAGGACAAUUCACAGACUCGACAGGUUAACAUCAGGUCUACUAUUAUUCGGAAGGAGUCCGAAGAAAGCAAGGCAAAUGGAGCAUCAGAUAAGGAACCGACAGGUGCAGAAAGAGUAUGUUUGUCGAGUCGACGGCGAGUUCCCAGAAGAUGAAAUCGAGUGUCUAGAGCCAAUAGAAGUUGUGAGCUACAAAAUUGGCGUAUGCAAGGUGUCACCUAAGGGCAAAGAUUGUUCAACUGUGUUCAAACGCUUAGGAUUCAAUACGAGGACAAAUACAAGCGUUGUCUUGUGUCGGCCUAAAACUGGCAGGAUGCAUCAGAUUAGAGUGCAUUUGCAGUAUCUAGGUUACCCAGUAGUAAACGAUCCGCUAUACAAUCAUCCGGUAUUCGGUCCACUCCGAGGCAAAGGUGGAGAUACGGGUGGAAAAUCAGAUGAACACCUUGUAAGGGAUUUAAUAGCUAUACAUAAUGCUGAAAACUGGUUAGGAGUUGAUGCGGCUGAUGAUGACUUGCUGUUUUCUAAACCAGCUUCAGAUGAUAAAGUUGGCGAGGAUGAAUGUGACACCGGGCCAGCCUCAAGAGAAUCGUCACCGAGACUUGAAUCACCGGCGCCUGGUUUAACUCCAUCUACAGUUAUGACUCCCACAAUGGCGAGCCCCUCAAGCGGCGCCGAGGCUCCGAUGGAAGUACCGACGCAACCUUCACCUGUAGCCUCUCCGUCACUGAAUGAAGACUCAAAUGACGCCAAGUCUGACAAGGUGACUGUAGCCACGCAAACCGGAUGCUCGUCUUCAUUGGUGCCGUCGAACGGCAGCCCAUCUGGUGGCACUUCCGCGGCCGUCUCGAAUGCUGGAAGCUCCACCGGCAACGAUGCGUUGACUCCGGACCCCCAUUGCUACGAGUGCCGCGUGCGGUACAGGGACCCCCGACCGAGGGACCUAGUCAUGUAUCUGCAUGCUUGGAAAUACAAGGGCCCCGGCUGGGAGUACGAGACGGAGCUUCCCCAAUGGGCGAGCAUCGACUGGGAGGAGCCCGAGAGUUCAUAGUUACACGUUUUGACACCACUGCAGAUGCGCCUCGCCUCCACACUACACAUCUCUAACAUUAAUUAACACGUGAUUUAGUAUUAACUGAUCGAGGUAAAUUCCCGUAAAACCUUACAGUGCGUAUGUGUAUGAAAAGUUAUGCGUUUGAACCUUUUGAGAUCAAACUUGUAAUAGAUAUGCAGAAUCUAACAGAAAAAAGUUGUAUACAACUAUUUUUUUUUAAUGUAAAGAAUUUAAAAAAAAUUAUCAACUAAAAUUAACUCAGCUCGUUUUAAACCACACAGUGUUUAGCGGCCGAUAAUUUUUCCACCUGUUGAAGUUUCACGUUUGAAGAAUUUGAAGAAUCGUAAUAGCAAGUUCAUGAUUACAACGUAAAGGACAGCACAAUAUUAUCCCAUUGACAUCGACUUAUAACGUAUUUAUUUAUCUAGCUGUUCGUGUUUUUCUUCAAUAUGUGCAGCUCAACCACUGCAUCAAUCCGAAUAAAUCGAUGUAAUUCUGGGCACACAAAUAGGGCCAUUUAAGCCCGGAAAAGUUAAAUGUUCACGCAAGUUUAAAAAAAAACUAAAUAACGUACAUGAAGUCGCUCGCUGCUAGAAUUGAAUAUAACAUAAUAUUAUAGGUGUGAUUUUUCUUAAAAUAAGAUAAUUCCGUUACGUCCACUGAUUUCUCAGCUAACUAACGGAAAUAGGUUACCAACUCGUGGUUGAGAACUUAUUUUAACGUUAACUUUUUAACGACUGACAGCAUUUCUAUUCGUGUGGAGAACUUAAUUUAACGGAAACUUUUUGACGACUGACAGCGUAUCUUGUACAUUUUUAAUCGAAGGUUCGAACGAAGUAAUUUAACAUUUGUACCAAAUGAUGCUUCUGAUAUAUCAUAGCUCAAUCACAAAAGCAUUGUAAGAUUGGAGGUAGAUAAAACUUCAUUUGUAUAUGGCGAGGUUAAGAAAGUGGCAAAUGGAAAAUAAGUUGAACGGAAGAACGUUACGCAUUAGAGGUUAGGUUUUUUAUCACAAGUGUAGUAAACUAAACAGAUUUUAAAUAUUGCUUGUUGAGUUUGUGGAUCAUCGACAUUAUUUAAAACAUGCUGAUAUUGUGAGAUGAUUGCACAGUUGUCAUCGAUAACCACUUAUGCAAUUUUCAACGUUUUGCAUAUUUUCACCGAACUGAGCGCUUUCAAAAUAUCACCAUAUUAAAAUGAAUGUUUUGUUACUAAAAAUUACUUUUUUAAUUGUUGUUAUCGGUAACAACAUAGUAAGCGAAAAAAAAAAUAUUUAUGUCUACAAUAAGAAACAAUGUGGUAGAAAAUAGGAAUGUGUAAUAAUAAAUAAUAUAUGUCUAUCAAUUUGUGUACGAAUAAUGUAAGAAAUGGAUAUUGGUUACAAAUAUGGCGAUAUUAAUAAAAUAGACGAUGCAUAAACGGAAAAUGUAAAUAUUGAACAUCUUAAUGUCUUUAUUAUUAAAGGCAAGGUCGAAUAACUGCGUACAGCCUACAUCUGCGGUAGCUAGCAAAUUUACGACCAAUUAGAAAAGGCGCCAGAUUAAUCCAGCCUUGGGAUUGGUCCAGCAAUCGCGUACGAGGAUUCGACAACUUUGUAUAACCUUCGUUGAAAAAGAUAACUGCGAGGCGCUAAAUAUACAGGGUUCCAUUAAAUACGAACCUGGAUACACUAUCGAUGACACCGCUAAAUACUUAGCUGUUAAAAUUGCUGAGGUAAGUUUUAUAAUUAAGUGUAAAUUAGUUAUAAGGUAAACUAUUUUAUAUGCAAUCAUUGCACUAUAAAUUUUAUGUUCUAAUCUCUUGUUUUCUAGCGGAUUUGUAGACACUUCGUAUUCUUUCUUUUUUAAUAAUUAGCGCGUAUAUUUUAAGUUUUAUUUUUACCUGUUCAGUUCCUAUCGGUCUAGGAUGUUUCUUGAAGCUUGUUGUAUCAUAGGGUUAAGGGAAUGUAACAAUUUUUGUAAAAAUAUCACUACCAUUAAAAAUAUAGAUUUAUCGCUUUAACGAGGCAGGGUCUGAACCACGAUCAUAAUGAAUAUAAUAAUAUAAUAUUUUAAUCGAAGUCAUUUUAAUAUGGUUCAAAGUAUGGGAUAGCUCUUCUAAAGAACUUUUAAUUUCGACCAAAAAAUUAUUUAAAUAAUGUAUUGUAUAAAAACUAAAAAUCCUUAAAAUAAAUGCGGUUUUAAAAAACGAACUAAUCGAGGCCCAUGCUUCCAUAGAAAAGAAUUUAAAUUUAAUUAAAGUUAAUAAACAGUCAAAUCUUAGCCGUGGUUCUAGAUUACAAUCGAAUCGUAACACAAUUCUCUUAAAAACAACAUGUGAUUUUAAAUUUUACAGUACUUGUUUGUGAGAAGUGUCAAAAUUGUAAAUGAAGCAAUAGUUGAAGCUAGAGACUAUUUAAACAAAAUAAAUAUCCAAAAUAGUUGAAAAAUCCAAAAGUGCACGCCUCGUAAUCUCAUUCAUUACAAUAAAAUUGAGAUUAUUUGUAAAUAAUAAUUAAACUAUGUAUAUAUACCGUGAAAACUAUGUAUAUAUUCCUCAAAAUACUGAAGCCUAUAAAGAAAAUACCAUCUCGAUAAGUGAAGUAUUUCGCUCGUUAUCGUGACCACAAGAUACGGGAUCCGCCAAACAGACUCACGGGCGUCCAAGGCAGAACUAUUUUAAACAGUUUCUUAAUUAGUUUAAAUAACAAAAAGAGAUUUAAAAAUAUCAUGAGUGUUAAAAAUAGU